GUUAAAGAAGUCAAAAUGGGUAUUAACGCUGCUUUGGAGAGAUUUCGCUAUAGUGAUGAAAAAGAGAUGGAAUUUCCUUCUUCCUUUACUGGUACUGAAAGAGCUUUCAUUCACCUGCUAGCCCAGUCACUUGGGCUAAUGACAAAGAGCACAGGGAAAGGAACACAUAGAUACUUAACUUUAAGAAAGAAGGAUGGAUCUGAGGCAGUAAGUGCUAUGAUGACGUGCAGUCUAACUCACAACACCAAACAUGUCAUGUGGAGUCUCCUCCAGAGGUUUCCAGUCAUUAACAAGGAAAGGUCAGACCUGCUGCCGAAGACCAAACGUGGAAAUGUGUUUGCAGUGGAAGCAGAGAAUCGUAAAAUGAGCAAGACCAGUGGGCGUUUAAACAACGGAAUUCCACAAGUCCCGGAAAAGCGCAGAAAUUCUGAGUUUGAUUCCUUCCGUUGUUCUCUGCCGGUUUUCGAAAAACAAGAGGAAAUUGUCAGAAUCAUUAAGGAAAAUAAGGUUGUACUGAUUAUAGGUGAAAGUGGAUCAGGAAAGACAACACAGAUUCCUCAGUUCCUCCUUGAUGAUUGCUGCAAAAAUGGUGUCCCUUGUCGUAUAUUUUGUACCCAGCCAAGCCGUUUGGCUGUGAUUUCAGUUGCAGAGAGGAUUGCAGCUGAGCGGGGAGAGGAAAUAGGACAGACUAUUGGCUAUCAGAUCCGAUUCGAAAGCCGAUUUUCUCCUAUCACACUUCUCACAUUUUCCACUCAUGAUGUCCUUUUACGGACCCUAAUGUCUGGAGACAGCACACUUGCAACAGUCACUCAUGUCAUUGUGGAUGAAGUUCACGAGAGAGAUCGCUUCAGCGACUUCCUGCUGACCAAACUGAGAGAUGUGAUGCAGAAGCACCCAUCUGUAACACUCAUUCUUUUCAGUGCUGCCUUAGAUGUUAAUCUGUUCGUACGCUAUUUUGGAGGUUGUCCUGUUAUAUAUAUUCCAGGAAAGCCUUAUGAAGUAAAAGAAAUGUACUUAGAAGAUAUAUUACGGACCACUGGCUACACUAAUAAGGAAAUGAUUCAUUACAAUACAGAAAAACAGUGUGACGAGGAGCAGAAGACUAGUCUCAGAGAAUGGUUCUCUGCAAAAGAGAAUAGCACAAAAAGCAAAACCCAGCGGCAAAGAACUAUCCAUCACAUUACGGAGGAGUGUGACUUAACGGAUUAUGGGGCGGACACUGCAUUCAAUCAGCUGACGGAAAAAGAUGUGAAUUGCCUAGAGCCGUGGAUUAUAAAGGAAAUGGAUGACUGUCUCUCUGAUAUAUGGCAGCAUAAAGGUAUCUGGCUCCAUAAAGGCAUAGAUGCAUUUGCUCAGCUUUUUCAUCUAAUAUUAACUGAAAAUGUCAGUGUUGAUUACAGACACAGUAAAACUGGUGCAUCUCCUCUAAUGGUGGCAGCAAGUAGAGGAUUUUUAAACCAGGUAGAACAGCUCAUUAGUAUGGGGGCCAAUAUCCACCACAAGGCAUCAAAUGGAUGGGUGGCUUUGGAUUGGGCAAAACACUUUGGGCAGAUUGAAGUUAUAGACCUGUUAGAAUCUUACAGUUCCUCAUUGGAGUCCGAGAAUCUGGAGGACACCUCUCUCAUGCAGUUUGACAGCAGCAAUUUGAGUGCAGAGGACAGAGAGCUGCUGAAAGCAUACCACCAUAGCUUUCUUGACGAAGAAAUAGAUCUCGAUCUGAUCAUGCAUAUCCUAUACAACAUCUGCCAAAGUCUUGAUUCAGGGGCUGUAUUAAUAUUUCUUCCUGGAUAUGAUGAGAUGGUUGGUCUGAGAGAUCGCAUAUUGUUUGAUGACAAGAGAUUUGCUGGAAAUUCUAACAGAUAUCAGGUUUUUAUGCUGCAUUCAAACAUGCAAAUCUCAGACCAGAAGAAAGUUUUAAAGACCACUUCACCAGGUGUUCGGAAAAUAAUACUUUCAACUAAUAUUGCAGAGACUAGCAUCACUGUCAAUGAUGUUGUAUUCGUGAUUGACUGUGGGAAAGUAAAGGAGAAAUUCUUUGAUGCUUUGAACCAUGUUACAAUGCUGAAAAUGACGUGGAUUUCAAAAGCCAGUGCAAUUCAAAGGAAAGGAAGGGCAGGUCGCUGCAGGCCUGGAAUUUGUUUCCGUUUGUUUAGUAGGUUUCGCUAUCAGAAUAUGCUGGAAUUUCAGACCCCCGAAAUGCUGCGGAUGCCUCUUCAUGAACUUUGCUUGCAUACAAAACUACUGGCACCGAUCAACUGUCCCAUUGCAGACUUUCUGAUGAAGGCCCCAGAACCACCUGCAGUCUUGGUUGUUCGGAAUGCUGUUCAAAUGCUUAAGACUAUAGAUGCCAUGGACACAUGGGAAGAUCUGACUGAACUUGGUUAUCACUUGGCAGAUUUGCCAAUAGAGCCCCAUCUAGGCAAAAUGGUGCUUUGUGCUGUAGUUCUGAAGUGCCUGGAUCCAAUUCUCACGAUAGCCUGCACUUUGGCAUAUCAGGAUCCUUUUGUACUGCCUACACAGGCCUCACAGAAACGUGUAGCAUUGUUAUGCAGAAAGCACUUUUCAGCAGGCACAUACAGUGACCAUAUGGCUCUUCUCAGGGCUUUUCAGGCCUGGCAGAAAGCUUGCAGUGAUGGCUGGGAAAGAGAAUUUUGUGAGAAGAAUUUUAUUUCUCAGGCUACAAUGGAAAUUAUUGUUGGAAUGAGAAUGCAGCUGCUUGGCCAAAUCAGGGCAUCAGGUUUUGUCAGAGCCCAUGGAGGUGUAAAUAUACGGGAUGCGAACACUAACUCUGAAAACUGGGCUGUUGUGAAAGCUGCUCUAGUGGCUGGCAUGUAUCCUAACCUGGUUCACGUAGACAGGGAGAAUAUGGUUCUGACUGGACCAAAAGAAAAACUAGUGCGCUUCCACCCUACCUCUGUUCUAAGCCAGCCACAGUACAAGAAGAUCCACCCUACCAAUUGCCAGGCAGCAGCCAUUCAAGCAUUACCCACAGAUUUGCUAAUAUAUGAUGAGAUGACUCGCAAUCGUAGAAUUGCUAAUAUCAGGUGCUGCUCUGCUGUCACACCUGUCACUGCAGCCAUAUUCUCAGGACCUGCAAGACUGCCAAGUAAUGCCUUGGAGGGUCCAUCUUUCUCUAGUGGUAAGAGAAUCACCAUUGACAGUAGUGACAGCAGUGAUAAUGACAGUGACAUGGAGGACAAGAGCACAGCUAUGAUGGCAACACUAAAACUGGAUGAGUGGCUUAACUUUAAGCUAGAACCUGAGGCUGCUGGUCUUUUAUUUCAACUUCGACAGAAGUGGCACAGCUUAUUUUUAAGAAGGAUGCGUUCUCCUUCCAAACCUUGGUCUCAGGUUGAUGAGGCCACUCUAAGGGCCAUCAUAGCGGUCCUUACUACCGAAGAACAAUCUGCAGGUUUACAGCAGCCUUCUGGAAUUGGACAAAGACCUAGGCCAGUGCCUCCUGAAGAGCUUCCAUUUGCUUCAUCAUGGAGAACAAAUAGCCAGAAGAUUUCUGCAGAAACAGAGUUCUCAGAAGAUCCUCUUAAUGUGGAUAGAACAGUGCUGAAGUCUCCAUCCCUAGCUAUUCAUCAACAAGCUAAAGACGAAGGGAUUUCACAUUUAAAGCACCCUGAAGAUCAAACAGAUCAGUUCUCUUUAAUAUCAUCAGAAAUGAGCAUUUAUCAAAGUCCCUGUGAAAUAGCGUCUCCACCAUCCUCUGCAAAGGGUUCUAAAUCUCCAUCGCUACGACCAAAUGCAUCGGUGCAAUACUUUAUAGUGAAGAGCAGCAACCUGAGAAACCUGGAGAUAUCUCAGCAAAAAGGAAUUUGGUCUACGACGCCAAGUAAUGAGCGCAAACUAAACAGAGCCUUUUGGAAGAGCAGUGUGGUCUACUUGGUGUUUUCAGUUAAAGGCUCAGGCCACUUUCAGGGUUUUGCCCGGAUGUCUUCUGAGAUUGGUUGUCAGAAAAGCCAGGAGUGGGGCUCAACAAGUCUUGGGGGAGUGUUUAAAGUGGAGUGGAUAAGGAAGGACAGCCUUUCAUUUCAGUAUGCUCAUCACCUGCUUAAUCCAUGGAAUGAUAAUAAGAAAGUGCAAAUAAGCCGAGAUGGCCAGGAGCUAGAGCCCCAGGUUGGAGAGCAGUUACUGCAACUUUGGGACAGAAUUCCAUUGGGAGAUACAAGCAUAACACAUUGUGUGUGAUUGGAGAUCUGCACUCAAUUUGAAGAUUUUACACUUCUCAAUGGAUAUCAUCCUACGUUUUUCUAUAUUAUCA